AUGUACUCCAAGUAUCCGUGGCUUGCUCUCGCAGAGGACGAUUGGAAGGUCGACUACCUCGGUAAGGACAGUUUCCCCAACUUCAAGAGAAGCUACCUCGACGAUCUCGGGAACAUCAGGCCCGAGAUCCUGGCCAAGAUGGAGGACAACCCCGAGGCAGCUGAGGCCAUCCUCAAGGAUUCCGAGAGCACGUCAGCAUCUAGUCAAGGCGCUCGUUCCAAGGCUGCAAAAUCAAGCAAGCGAAGCCGUUCUCCCUCUGCAGAUGAAGCCACCGUCUCCACCAAGCGCGCCAAAGGGAAAGGCAAGGAAAAAGAAAACGAUCCUGCCCCUCCUCCUCCUCCUUCCCCCGAAGCCAUUUCCGAUCAAGAUAAUCUGGAUGACCCCAACCCGAUGGGCGUGGGUGCAGACGAGGUCACUCGGCAGGACAGCCCUGUUAUCGAGCGCGAGGAUGCCCUUGCCAUUGAUCCUACCGACUGCACCCGCGUUAGCAAUGUCGAACGUGACGACAUUCCCGAGAACAGGGACGAAGAAGUGUUUGAGCCACAUACGUUCCCCUCUGACUCACCUGAUGCAAACGAAGAGGGGAGUUGUGAAUCGUCUCCGCUUCCGUGGCUCGAGAAGGAGCGUGCAGAGAGGGAGCAAUCAGAGCGUGCUGCCACUACCAACGCAUGUGCCAGUGGGCUUCCCGCCGAUCACGCUGCUGCUUCUCGCCAAAAGGUGGCGACUCCCACCGAGCCGAGGACCACCGCAGCGCCAGCUCCAAGCCAAGACCUGGAGCAAGAGCCUCUUCCCCGCAUGCUACCGGUGCUCAAAUUCAAGCUGAGCAAGAAGGCCAUCCCUGCAGUGCCUUCUGAAGAGGCGACUCACGAGCAGGAUAUAUGUAGCCAAGUCCACACCUCGGCCUCAAGUACAUCUACUCCCCUGUUGGUGUCACCACCCGUCACGAAAACCACGCGCUCAACGGCUCGCAAGUCGGCAGCUGCCACUACACCCUCCAAGCCACCGUCUCAAGCGUUCAAGUCUCGCGCUCAGGCUGUCCUCGAGAAUCCCUCUGAGUACACCAAAAAAUCUCGCUCGCAGUCUCGCAAGGAAGGCUUUAGUGAGCCCGUUCCCGGCGCAUUCGACCAUAAACCGGAGGCUGGAGUGUCUGGUCAACACAAGGAGGAGGAUGCGGCUAAGGAGGCCUUUGAUCCUGGGGAUAAGAAGGAUGGAAGGACGCUCUGCGCCAUUCGGUGGCUUGAGAAGGAGAAGAAUAAAGGCAGCGUAGUCGACGAGUUCGACUUUGCUCGAUACUACAAGAACCUGGCCCCAGGUCUCAAAAAGAAAUACACUGCUGAGGCCAAGAAACUGCGAAAUGGACGAUUUAAACCCACGUAUUACAGCCAGCCGCAUGUCCGAUUCUGUCGGAUGAUGCACCUGUAUGCAACAAAAUGGAGUGCAUACACCCAUCUCUCGCAGACAGCUGCAUCUGCGGCAAUAUCGCAGGAUUCCACUGGGGCUGAGGCGCGCCAGGUAGAGGACAGGGUAGAGGAGAUUAAACAGCUUCGGGACGCUAGCACUGCACCAGGGGGGCUUACGGAGCAACAGAGGGCUGAGGGAAGUGGUCCAAAGCCAUUCAAGACACCGUUCAAGACAGUGUCAGCAAACGAAGCCGAAAAUCACGAACAGCCUACCUAUGACGCAGAGCUUGUCCUUCUCGGGAUCCCUCUACACCCUCCCCGCUCAUCAGCGACUCCUCCACCUGCUUGUUUGCAUGUACCUGUGUCUAGGCCAUCUCAGGCUGCAGGCGCGGUGCUGGAGCUGGAGAACAGCAUUAACGUGGAAGGGGUCAAUGGUGGUGGUGGUCGAAGGCAAGGGCUUACGCAUACUCGCACCAUCAUCGGGCAGUUCAAGUUCUAA